UCUCUUUUCUCUCCAUUCAACUUUUCUCCUUUUUCUCUCUCUCGGAGAAAUGGAGACACCCUCAGCCCCACCACCGUCAUCACCACCGGAGCUAGAGCUGGACAACCUCAAAGCCUUGAAAAUCCUUGGCAAAGGCGCCAUGGGCACCGUCUUUCUGGUGCAUGACAAGGUUAACGACCCCACCGCGCGCUCUCCCUACGCCCUCAAGGUUGUCCAGAAAGCCAAACACGAUGCAGAACGCCGCGCUGGCUUGGAAAUCCAGUUUCUCACGCGUAUAUCCUCUCCUGACCCUGCCGAUCAGCAUCCUUUCCUUCCCCGUCUCCUUGGCCGACUUGAUACUCCCGAGUUUCUCGCCUGGGCUGUACCUUACUGCUCCGGCUCCGACCUCAACGUCCUCCGCUACUGCCAGAAUGACCAGGUUUUCUCUCCUGCCGUAAUUCGCUUCUAUCUCGCCGAGAUCCUCUGCGCUCUGGAGCAUCUGCAUUCCAUAGGCAUCGUCUACCGAGACCUCAAGCCUGAAAACAUCCUCAUACAACAUUCUGGCCAUGUUACCCUCACCGACUUCGACCUCUCCCGGAGCUUAAAAAGGAAACCCUUGACGGAGCUGUCAGCAGAAGGAAAAAUGAACCCGAAUUUGCCAUCGGAUAUUCCUAUUCAACGGAAGCAUCGACGUAAUUUCACCAGAUGGAUCCCAAUGGUGCCCGAUAACACUAACAGAAGCAGUUUGAAGAAAGCAAAAUCCGCCCGAGUCAGCCCGGUGAGUCGGAGAAAGCUGAGCUUCGUCGAUGGAGAGCGAUCCAACUCAUUCGUGGGCACGGAGGAGUACGUGUCGCCGGAAAUAGUCCGUGGAAACGGCCACGAAUUCGCCGUCGAUUGGUGGGCUCUAGGGAUUCUAACCUACGAGAUGUUAUACGGGACGACCCCAUUCAAAGGGAAAAACCGGAAAGAAACGUUCCGGAACGUCUUGAUGAAGGAGCCGGAGUUCACCGGGAAACGAACUGCUUUAACGGACUUAAUCGGACGGUUGUUACAGAAAGAUCCAACAAAGAGAUUAGGGUACCGGAGAGGCGCGUGCGAGAUCAAGGAGCAUGUGUUCUUCGAAGGGGUCCGGUGGGACCUACUAACCGAGGUGUCACGGCCGCCGUUUAUCCCGUCUAAAGACGAGACCGAGUUAGCGGAGAAAGCAACGGAAGGUGGCGUGGAUAUACGAGAGUAUUUCGAGAGUCUGAAGGCUCCUCCGCCGUCAAUGCCGCCGUCGACGUUCCCAUCCCCGUCGUCCGACCAUCACCGGAACGUUUCCUUUGCAGAAUAUUGAUGCACGUGUGAGUGACACGUGAAAGAUAGCUAGAUUAUUUACUUCUUUUUUCUUACCCUUCAUUAGUGUAUAUAAAGUAACGGUAGAACGUGAAAAACGGCGAAUUAAUAUAAAGCUCCGCACAGUUA